GGGACGAGAGGAGAAAAAACUUUCUACAUUGUUUUAAUAACGACUUCUACGACAAAACGGCGUACCUCGGCGCUGACGCAUGAUCAGAAAGCGAGGUCUUGUGUACGAUGAUACUGAACAUUGGGGGGAAUAGGUGUGUUGGCACGAGGACCAGAGGAAAUGUCUGCUACUUUGAGGAUGUCAUCAAAGAUCAGAAUGAGACGGCGAGGAGGUUGCUGCUUCACGCGUGGUGGCUGUUGGGCUCGGCAUGCGCUACAACUUAUGUAGCGGACUGUUUCUUUUUCAUUUCACCUGAGAGGGCUUCGCGAUUCUACAGCGAGGGGGGUUUUCACGCCUAGUGGAUGCGACUGGUAUCGCAUCAGGCGCCUCUCCC